AUGAAUAUUUAUACUAAUCUAAGGGGAUGGUGUGGUGGGAUUAGUCGAGGCUAUAAAACUAAUAGUGGAUUUGGAUUCAAGUCCAAUGAGCCGACAGUGCGUACGAGCAAGCACCAGACCAAGGAAGCGUUAUUUAAUAUGGGCGGUGGAAGACGUAGGAGCAACAAGAACAACGAGGAAGCCACAGACGCCACGCAGAAAUUACCGUCAUUCAACAAGAACUAUGUCCAGUUUACAGACGCUGUUAAGCACUUCUCCACGGUGGACGUUGUAGACGGGCUGAUGGAGCGUGUACGUGGAGAGAUUGGGGGGAAGACGCUGCCCACGUCGAUACAGUCACUGGCCAUGAUGACUUUGUUGGGCGAUGCACACGGCAAACAGGGCAAACAGGGAAAGCAAACACUUCUCGCUGCUGAAACGGGCAGUGGGAAGACUUAUGCGUUUCUUAUACCGAUGAUUGACGCGCUUAAGAGGAGUGAAGUGGGUGCUGCACCAGCACACAAGGCGAUCCGCAAACCACGCGCACUUAUUAUGGCACCCACACGCGAGUUGUGUAGACAGCUCACCGGACAAGUAAAGGCGCUCACACAUAUAUGCAAGCUGAAGAGCACGUAUGUAUGGAGUGCGGGGGAGUAUCAGGAUGAGAAUAAAGACAAGCUGGAGAAAUGUAACGAUGAUGUCCUGAUUGGUAGCCCCGAGCAGCUCAACAAGCUCCAUGAAAAAGGGGUUUCCUUCGAUGGCGUUGAGUGGGUCGUGCUUGACGAAGCUGAUGCGCUAUUCGACGAUGAUUUCGUAGAUUCGACUGAGAAAUUGGUUCGAAUGGUAGAAAAGGCACGUGUAGAUGGCAAUUUAAGUGAUAAUAGAAGUGGCAACCUCAAUCUCAAUUUGGUCAUGAGCACUGCCACGGUAAAUGAGAAAUUCUCUUCAUACCUCCACACACACUAUCCACGGAUCAAUAGACUUGUGAGCCCCAAAACACACACGCUGCCACGCGCACUCAAGCUCAGUUACGCACCGUACCACUCGGGCAACAAGCUGGCUGAUUUGCGUGGAGUGGUUAAUGAUUUGAUUAGUGGGUCUGGCAAAUCCAGCAACUCAAGUAAACAAGCUAAAACACUCGUCUUUGUUAAUACAAACGAGCGCGCGGAGAAAGUUGCCAAGUAUUUCAACGAAAAAGGUACACCGGCUGUAAGUAUGACGAGUGCAUCGCAAGGCAGAUCGCGCGUGUCGAACAGACCAAUCCGACCUUUUUUGCGAGGAGGUGUUGACAUUAGUAGUAGUAGUGGUGGCAGCAAUGGUAGCGGUGAUAAUAGCAACAAUAUUUCUCCUGCCUCCGCUAACACCCUCGUCACAACCUCCCUUUUAGCGCGUGGAUUGGAUUUCGGGACACACGUCCAGAAUGUCGUCAUCGCAGAGGAAUCGGGUAGUGCUGUUGACUUUAUACAUCGCGCUGGAAGGACCGGCAGAGCAGGUGCGCAAGGACACGUCACGGUGAUGGUGCCUUUGAAGAAAUAUCAACAUCUGAGUAGAAGGGGACGCUAG